CAAGUUCUUCCGCGUGGGGGAAAAAGACACCAAGCAAAGUCAACGCAGUGCAGGGAGCAUCAAUAAAAGACGCUCAGAUACACAGACACUCACAUUACACACGCAUACAAAGACACUAUUUUACACACUCCAGAAUCUGACCAUGCCGAUUUCAAGCAGCUCUUCUUCCUCAACGAAGAGUAUGCGCAGGGCAGCGUCCGAGCUCGAGAGGUCUGAUUCUGUUACGUCUCCAAGAUUCAUUGGGAGACGACAAAGUUUGAUCGAGGAUGCGCGGAAGGAACGAGAAGCAGCGGCAGCCGCGGCAGAGGCGGCUGAAGCGACUGAACAGAUCGUGUUUGAGGAAGAGGAUGGAAAAGCUCUGCUCAAUCUCUUCUUCACGCUGAGAAGUUCCAAGACACCAGCACUGUCACGCUCUCUCAAGGUGUUCGAGACGUUUGAAGCUAAGAUCCACCACCUGGAAACACGGCCGUGCAGGAAGCCCCGGGACAGCCUGGAGGGGCUGGAGUACUUUGUUCGCUGCGAGGUGCACCUGUCUGAUGUCAGCACCCUCAUCAGCUCCAUCAAGAGGAUAGCAGAGGACGUCAAAACCACCAAAGAAGUCAAAUUUCACUGGUUCCCAAAGAAAAUCUCUGAGCUGGACAGAUGUCACCACCUUAUCACAAAAUUUGAUCCAGAUUUAGACCAAGAACACCCAGGAUUCACAGAUAGCGUCUAUCGGCAGAGGAGGAAGAUGAUUGGAGACAUUGCCUUCAGAUAUAAACAAGGGGAGCCCAUCCCCAGAGUAGAAUACACAGAGGAGGAGAUCGGUACAUGGAGAGAGGUGUACUCCACCCUCAGGGACCUGUACACCACCCAUGCCUGCAGUGAGCACCUGGAUGCCUUCCGUCUGCUGGAGAGACAUUGUGGAUACAGCCCUGAAAACAUCCCCCAGUUGGAGGACGUGUCACGCUUCCUCAGAGAGCGAACAGGGUUCCAGCUGCGUCCCGUGGCAGGUCUCCUCUCCGCCAGAGACUUUUUAGCCAGUCUGGCCUUCCGUGUGUUCCAGUGUACCCAGUAUAUACGCCACGCCUCUUCUCCCAUGCACUCCCCUGAACCGGACUGUGUGCACGAACUUCUGGGCCACGUCCCCAUUCUGGCUGACCGGGUGUUCGCCCAGUUUUCUCAGAACAUCGGUCUUGCUUCACUGGGGGCUUCAGAAGAAGAUAUUGAGAAACUGUCAACGCUCUACUGGUUCACGGUGGAGUUUGGUCUGUGUAAACAGGGUGGCAUUGUGAAAGCCUACGGGGCAGGACUCCUCUCCUCAUAUGGAGAGCUAGUGCAUGCUCUGUCAGAUGAGCCAGAGAGGAGGGAGUUUGACCCAGAGGCUGCUGCCAUUCAGCCCUACCAAGACCAGAACUACCAGUCUGUAUACUUUGUCUCUGAGAGCUUCACAGAUGCCAAAGAGAAACUCAGAUCGUAUGUGGCUGGAAUUAAGAGGCCGUUCUCUGUGCGGUUUGACCCCUACACCUACAGCAUAGAGGUCCUGGACAAUCCCCUGAAGAUCCGAGGAGGCCUGGAGUCUGUCAAGGACGAGCUGAAGAUGCUCACAGAUGCCCUCAACGUGCUCGCAUGAUGCACAACAACACUGCUACUGCUGCUGGUCCCACUCUGUGCCAUUUUGAUGUGUGACAUAACCAUUGUUCUCUUGUGCUUUAUGUGGCUGGCUAAGUGGCGACCUUGAAACCUCUCACUGGACCUGUUUGGUUUAUUUGAUCUGGUGAUGUCUCUCUUUCCUCCAUUGGUGGAGACUGCAUUCAUCUCAAAUGUUGUACACACUCCCCUCCAUAUUUAUUUGGGCAGUGAAGCUAAAAGUUUUAACUUGUCUCUAUACUUGAGCAUUUUGGAUUUGAGAUCAAAUGUUUUAUGAGGCAACAGCACAGAAUGUCACCGUUUAUUUGAGGGUAUGUUCAUACAUAUUUGUUUUACCGUUUAGAAAUGAAAGUACUAUAUGUAUCUAGACGGCCCAUUUGACGGUGUCAUAAGUAUGUGGACAAAUUCACUUAUAGUGUAUUAAAAGGAGUCAAACAUUUAGUAUUUGGUAGCAUGUGACUCCACAAACUUGUUGGAUGCAUUUGCAGUUUGUUUUGGUUGUGUUUUGGGUUACGUUGUGCCCAAUAGGAACUGAAUGGUGAAUAAUAUAGUGUGUCAUUUUGGAGUCAGUUUUAUUGUAAAUAAGAAUAAAAUAUUUUUCUGAACACUUCUAAAGGAAUGUAAGAAGCUACCAUGAUUGCGGAUAAUCAUGAAUGAAUCCUGAAUAAUGAUGAGGGAGAACGUUACAGAGGCAUAAAUAUCAUGCCCUGCCACCAAAAAACUCCCGUUAUUGGUAAUGGUGAGAAGUUAGCAUGUUUUGGGGGUAUGGUCUUUGUGCCUCUAACGUUCUCACUUAUCAUUAUUCAGUAGUCAUUCACGAUUAUCCAUAAUAGUAGCAUCCACAUUGUUGUUGUGUUCAUAAACAUAUUCUAUUCUUAUUUACAAUAAAAGUGAUUCCAAAAUGAACAAUUCGGCUGCGUUUGACGAAUCUGAUCAGGUCUGAAAAAGAUCUGAUGAGAGAAGAUCUGAUUUUGAUUUGGUCAAAAGACCAAUUUAGUGGAAAAAAGAUCAGCGCUGGGCUACCUGUUUAAAACACAACCUACAUUAUUCACCAUGCAGUUCCUUUUGGGCACAGUAUAAUCCAAAACACAACCAAAAGAAACUGAUCAUGUAUCCAACAACUUUGAAGAGUCACAAGUUUGAUGUACAGUGUAGGCAUUGCGUGCGAGGACUAUGGGAACAAUUACCAAGCUUCUGACUACUAUAAUAGACCACAAGUAAAUGUGUCCAAAUACUUGACACCUUCAAAUGUUGGGACUUGAUACAUAAAGUGCAUGAAAAAAAAACCUCAAAUAAAAUGUUACGUUCUGUACUGUUGCAUCAAAUGAAACAAUUGAUCUCAAAUCCAAAAUGCUGGAUUAUAGAGACAAAUUAAACAUGUAAACUUCACUGUCCAAAUAAAUACAGAGGGGAGAGUAUGUCACUUCAAUCUGAAAUUAUUUUUAAAUGGCCUAUUGUCGACAAAAUGCAAAUUUUGUGCACAAGGAAUAGGGCUAAAAUGCAGGGUUAAUGUAGGGCUAAGGCAAGGUUGUGGUUUGCUACUCACAUGUGUUAUGCUUUCAAACAAAGGUCUCAAUGCAAAGUUUCACCUCACUUUAAUAGUUUGGUAUGAAUUCAACAAAAUAUGUAAAACGCUAGGAAAAUGACCAAAUCUAAGCAGUAAAAUUAUGAAUGUAAUACAAGUAGGGAAACUGGACAUGGUAUAAUGAUAAAAAUGAAAGAUGUUUAUGUAAAUUACUGUAAUAUUGAACCAGGGUACAUAUUUAAAUCAUUAAAAACAAAUCACCCUGUUUGGAAUAAAAAAUAUAUAUUAUUGUCUGUAUAAAAAUGUUCUGUGAAUUGUAAGCAUUGUGCUUGUUGCGAUCUAAUAGCAGAAUAAAAAGAAAGAACUCUA